AUGCAUCAGCAUCCGCGGUCGCCGGCGCUGCCGGCGCCAACUUCGAGCAGGUCGAGCUUGACCCGUUCUGCCGAUCGCAGAGAACAAGAAUUCCGCCCAAAUUCCCCAGCAGCUGAAGUUAGGACACAGAAUAACAGGGGCUUGGGAAUUGAGACGGAUCCUACGUCAGAGCAGGCACAGAAUACGCAGCCUGCGAAGGAAGCGUUGGCGAAACUCAAUCAAAUUAUCUCAAAUUAUCACACAAAAGCGGCCCUAAUCAUAUUGCACUCGCGUAUUGACCUUCCUCCAUCGCUCAACAAGGGCUCUGAUGCCCCCAGGGUGAAUCGCUGGUUCAACGUCGAAAUAGAAGACACGGAUGUUCUUCGAGAACAAUUGCGAACUUGGAGAACAUGCGAUGCCACAGAGAACCGCCCUCCCCCUUUAAUUAUCGAAACGUACCUGGAUACGUCGGGGCUCACGAACAACCAAAGUCUUGUGGUUUUAGAUGAGAACGGGAAACGAUGGGAUGUCCUAGAAUCCCUAGCUACGUCGCGAGAAGCGCAGCCUGUUAGGUCUCCCUCUUCUAAAUCCGAUGAUGUCAUUUUGGAGCGGUGGAGGGUCGAACUGGGGGAUACGCCCAGUAGGCUACCAACUGAUUUGGCCUCUAUCCUACCAACGGUAUACAAAAAAAGCAUUGUCCUCUUCCGGUCGCUGUUCGCCUAUUCUAAAUUCUUGCCUGCUUGGAAAUUCGCCAAACGCAAUGGGAGACUGCGUACCAACCCGGCUUUACGAAUAAAGUAUAGAGUUCUCAACGGACAAACUGCACAGGAGAGUUCGAAACCGGACCAUUUAACAAUUCCAUUGUACGAAGGAAGUGGCAAGGUGGUGGAUACGUACAGUUUUGGCGUUACCGAAUCACCUGCUGGUCCAUUCUCUGUUCAAGUUACCUACCGAACCAGUUGUGAUUUUCGAGUGGACGACUCAGAAGCAUUACUGAGCUCACGUUUCAUGGGUGCAGAUGAUGAAAUUUUCCGCCCAUCACUGCCUAAUAAGGGGCUGCAUAAUGCAGCUCUCAACAACCCUGAGAUUGGGUCAGUGCCAGUAGUGAAAAGAACUGUCGAGGAUCCAGACCCAAGUCAGGCAUACGGGAGUCUAUCAACUUUCCACCAAGUUAGACCUACAACAAGCGCAAGCCCAAUAUCAGCUCUUCGGGCUGCAAGGGAAUCGGGUGCUUCAUCUCCAUCUCCGCCUGGUUCGUCUUCUCGCAAGCCGUUGGCAAUUACGAAAGCCAGCCCUGUCGGCCGUGCUGCCAUUCUUGCCAACGAGGGUAAUCCGGGGAUCGGUAGACGGCCGUCCAUUUCUUUCCAACCAUUUAAAGCCCCACCCUUAUCUGCAUCUCCAUCGUUGGUUGAUCCUCCACUUGGUGUGUCCCCUCGCUCAGGGCAGGGGUCUCGCAUCGAGUCUCGAAACAUGCCCCCUCCGUCCAUGGCAGCAUCGGUCCGCAGGUCGUUGCCCGCAGCUCCAGAUAUUGUAACUCCAUCCUCUAACUCCGCUUCUCCUCGACCUGCUCCAAUCUCGAGAUAUAGUAGCGCUUUCAGCCAUCGUCGGGGUAGACAAUCUUCCGGAGGAAUCAAAGCCGAGGAUGACAACUCUAGUGGCAGAGCUAGUGCAACGUCUUCAGCUCAACCUGGCUCCGGCUUACUCGCGGAAGCCACGGGAACGAGUGCGGAUUCCAUCCACGCAGACGAUGAAAAUAUUUCAGAGUUCCUCAAAAUGCUUGACCUAAGGAAGGACCUCUUAAAUCCAUUGAACCCUGCUACACUUGAUGCCGCUCCGCGUCGAACAACUGCUACUAGUGCGGCUUUGACUCGCUUCCAACGGAUGAGGGACUCCAAUGCAGCGCUUUCGGAUUCAAUGUCAUCUUCUUUGCUUUUACAGCGUUCAUCCAAUUCCUCGAGCAAGCAGCUCUCAGGCGUUCCCCCUAUGAUAGCGGGGACAUCCAUUUCGACAGCGUCUUCACCUGGAAAACCAAUAUCUCCUCAUACACCACACACCCCCGCUAUCCCAUCCCGCCUGAGUUCUAAUAGCAUUGUUGAUUAUAAUGACCCGGGCAACAAUAAUCGGCGACUUUUGCAUGGGGUGCAUCGCUCUUCCUUGGAAGAGAACUCCAGUGACGGUACAACCAUGGAACAUGGUCCGUCUACUGUGAAUGCGAUUGACAUCCCAACGUCACCCAGACUAUUCCCUCAGGUCUAUCGCCGCUCUAGCUCCGCUGCACAUCACCGCCGUACUAGUACGGUUGACGACGAUGAGAUUUUCCCUUUCAAUAUGCGAAGUGUGAGCCUCGGGGCGGAAGAGAGAUCCAACCUUACUCUCAGUACACUGCAUCGACAAUACGAGUACGAGAACAAUGGGGCUAACGUAGAUCAGCCCCAGGCACAACCGUGCCCAUCAUCGCGCGGGGAUAUGACAGUACCCUCAGGCUCUGCAACGCACGAGACAGUCUCACACAGAGGCACAUUAACUUCUGGAGCCCCGGCAACCUCUACAUCAUCCAAUAACCACGUGUACCAGCCACGCUUUAGCAGCUCCCGCGGACGAGGUUAUUCUGGAGGCCCCCAAUCGCUCAGCUCCGGUUCUGGUAGCCUUGCACGUGGUACUAGCAUCCCCCCCUACAUUGCCGACCGUGACAAUGACCGUGAAGGUACUGGGAGCGGUAGCAAUAGCGGGAUCUCCGCAAUGGAUGACCGCCGAGGAGCUGGGAGACGGCCCAGUGCCGGCCGUAGUGGUCCUCCCCAGUCAGCGGAAGAGGACGAGCCUUUGUUAUUUGCCAUGAGUGACUUUGGUGUCUCUCGGCGAAGUUUUGAAGAGGGACGACAUGGCAACCAUACCGCUGAUGGAAGUGGAAAUGUCAGUGCAUCGAGACGAGGCAGCGGUAGGCGAGGUGGAUUGGCAGGAUUCCACCUCUGGUCCUGA